AGUUUAUUUUAAUUUUUUUUUGUUGUAAAAAAAAAAAGAAGUGUUUUAUCUGAGUGUUGAAGAGAAAAAAUAAAAGAAAAAUUAAUACAAAUGACGUAAAUAAAGGAACAAAAUGUUUGUGGAAAAUCUUAAAACAGAUUUUUAUGAUAUUAUUCAAGGAAAUCGUUGUUUACUUUUGGUGAAUUUUGAUAUUGAUGCAAUUUGUGCAUGUAAAAUACUUCAGCAUCUAUUUAAAAAUGAUAAUAUGCUUUAUACACUUGUACCAGUCCAAGGUAUUCAGGACAUGGUGCAAGCAUACGAAGACAACUGUGAAGAGCUAAAAUAUGUCAUAAUGAUAAAUUGUGGUGGUAUUAUUGACAUUGUUGAUCUUUUAAAGCCACAAGAAGAUUUAGUAUUUUUUGUGGUUGAUAGUCAUCGGCCAUUUGAUGUUUGUAAUAUUUAUUCAGAGGAUCAAAUUAGAAUAUUAAAUAAACCAGAUGAAGAUGAAGAAACACCUGAAUAUCAUGAAAUAUUUAGAGAUGAAUCAGAUGAUGAAGAAAUGAAUGAUGAUGAUGAUAAUAAUGAUGAUGUGGAUGAUGAUAAUGAAGUUGUUAAUUCUGAUGAUGAAGAAAUUAUUGAAUCACGUCAAAGUAAAAGACGAAGACUUAAUGAAGAAGAUAUGAUAAAAAGACGUGAACGAAGAGAAUGGGAACGUAAACGUGAAACAAUAUUAUUUAAUUAUAUGCAAUAUAGUUAUUAUGGUAAAUCAAGUGCUGUACUUGUAUUUGAAAUGGCAUGGAAAAUGUCAAAGGAUAGUUUAGAUAUGGUUUGGUGGGCAAUUAUUGGCUCAACUGAACAAUCAAUAAUUGGAAAAAUUGAAUCAGGAAUGAGUGUAUUUGAAGAAGGUAAUUUACAAGGACAUGUAUCAAGAUUAACACAUCAACAAGGUAUUGAUAUUGAAAAUCAAAGUCAAAGUACUGUUAAAAUAACAUAUGAUAAAGAUUUACAAUUACCAUUAUAUCGUCAUUGGACUGUUGAUGCAAGUAUAAGACAUUCAAUGAUAACAGCAGUAUCAUUACGUUUAUAUUCAUUACGUGGUGAAAAAAGAUUAAAAGAAUUUCUUGUUGAAAUGGGAUUACCACUUGAUCAAGCAAGACAAAGAUUUACAGCAAUGGAUUUAAAUUUAAGACAAGAAUUUCAACAAAUGGUUACAAAUUUAGCAACAAAAUAUAAUGUUGAAAAUAUUAUUGGUACAAGUUUUACAUUACAAUAUGGAUAUAGAUUUAAAUAUUCAUCAUCAGAUGUUGUUUAUGGAAUGUUAGCACUUAUGGAAUCAACAACAAAAGAUAGAACACCACAAAAUUGUUUUCUUGAUGCAUUAGAUUGUUUAUCACGUAUGAAAAAAGAUACACUUGAAAGAGGUAUACAUAAAGCAAAACUUAUGCUAACAAAUAUAUUUAAAACAUCACAAGCUUUAUUAGAAAUGAAACAAGUUACAAAUGCUGGAUCAUUUUUAUAUAUUAUUAUAAAUGAUCGUACAUUGGAUAGUAAAUUAUUUGCACAUCCACAUGCAUUAACAAUGCUUGCACAAUUUACAUUAAGAGCAUAUGUUGAACAAAAAAAAAGUAGACAAAGAAAUGUUAUUGCUUUGCCACUUAUUGCAUCAGCUGUUUUUGAUCCUGAUGAUAAUACUUGUAUUCUUGUUGGUAUACCUCCAGUUGGUGAAGAUCAACCAAGAAGUUUAUUUGGUAGAGCAUUUGAACAAGCAGCAAGAAAUACAAACUCACAAAUUGAAAUGGAUUAUUUUGAUACGACAAUUAUAAGACUGAAAAUAUCAGAACGUCCAAAAUUCCUUGACGCUCUGGCAGCUCUACUAACGUGAGUCACCAUUAUUUUAUUAGUGUGAAAAAAAUAAAAUAAUAAUAUUUAUAAUUAAAUCAUCAUUAAAUCAAUGAGCUAGAUGUGAAAGAAUCAAAAAAUAUUUCACGAUCAACAUCAAUUGUUGUUUUAAUUUGAUCGGUAAAAAAAUUCUUAUCAUUUUUUUUUUUAAUUUAAAUUAUCAUUGAAUUUCUACAGUUUAAAUAAAUUAAAUAUAUAAUAUUUUUUAUUCUGUAGAAUGUUGUAAAUAACAUUUAGAUAAAUUUAAUUUUUUAGUUAUUGAUAAUUAUAAUUUAUUUAGGAACAGAAAAAAAAUAAUAAUGAUUGAUUCAAUCAGUCAAAAUUAAUUUUGUUUUUUUAAAUUAAUUACCGAUUAUUUUUUUAUUUUUUUUUCAUCGGGUUUGGAUCGACAUUUACAUUUUUUUUUUUUAAUUAAAUAAGGUUUUAAAAAAACUUGACAAUAAUUCAAAUAGUUUUUAACGUAUUUAUUAAAUCAUUGCUAUUUUGCAAAUAACUUGAAAUGAAAAAGAAGAAAAAAAAAAAACAAAUUAAAUUGUAAAAAAAGUUAGUGUUGCGUUUUGUAAAUAAUUUUAUCGUUUAAGAGUGAUACUAGUAAUUAAGUAAUUAAGUUGUGUGUAUUAGUUUUUUUUUUUUUUUUAAUUGAAUCAAUAGAUAGCUUUUCAAACGAAUUAAUUUUAAGAUGAACAUGCUAAAUAAUAAUAAUAACUUUUUAAACAACAACAAAAAAAAACAAUCAUAAUAAUAAUAAAUAAUGAAUUGACAAAUAAUGAA